CUUUUGAAAUAUUAUAAGGUAGAUUCGAUGCAGUCCUAGGGUUAAGUAUGGAAGUGCGUAUUUCAUAAUGUCACGAAACAGCUUUCUCAUGAAUAUUAUAAAUCCAGUUGAACUGAGCUAGAACCGCCUUCAAGCGUUUGUUCUUAAAAUGGGCACAUGUUUUCAAUGUCUUACAGUUCUGUUGUGUAUUCUAUUUGUUGGAUCAAGUUGUCAAUAUCUUCGCACGAAUGCGGCGUUUGGAGUAGGAAACAAUCGUGAAAGGCGCCAAGCUGGGACGUCGGCGCUACAAAUGUACUAUGCAUACCCCGCACCUGCAGGCGGCUCAGCUAAUACUGGCUACUCCAGAGGUUCUUCAGUGACCAGUUCCGCAGCGACCUCAGGGGCAGGUAGUUACAACUACAACAGCGGUGCCCAGACCAAUACAGCAGGAACUACGGGAAGUAUAUCAUCCACUGUUACUGCAGGAUCAGGGUCAUCUGGUUAUAACUAUGGUUCAGUAUCUUCAGGAGGUUCAACUGCAGUUUCUACGGGAUCUGGGGGAGGAACCAGCGGUUAUAAAUCAGGAGGUACUACGGUCACUUCCGAAGGAGGAAGUAGUGGUUACAGGUACAAUAGUGCCGCAGAGAAUAUUGCCUCAGUGUCUACAGGAGGUGCCAACGCCGUUUCUACAGAAACUGGAGGAGGAUCGAGCGGUUAUAGAUACAGUGGUGGUACUCAGAGUACUGGAUCAGGAUCAGCCACUACUUCAGAAAGUGGAGGUGGAGGCGGAGGAGGUGGUUACAGGUAUAGUGGUGCCACGCAGAAUACUGCUUCAGUGUUAACAGGAGGAACUACGUCGGUCUCUGCGGGUACUGGAGGAGGAUCUGGCGGUUAUAGUUACAGUGGCGGCACACAGAAUACUGGUUCAGUUUCAACAGCAGGAUCAGAAAGUGGCUCGGGCGGAUAUAAGUACAGCGGUGGACCUCAGACUGCGUCUGUGACAACAGGUGCUACAGCAGUCAUUUCUGGAGGUGGCGGUGGCUACAGGUACAGUGGUGCCGCACAAAACACUGCUACAGGAUCAGAAGGGUCGACGAUCUCUGCCAAUUCAGGAUCAGGUUCCUCUGGUUAUAGCUAUAGUGGUGCCACACAAAAUACUGGAUCCAAGGUCACCACUAAUACAGUAACGACGAGCGGAGGAUCCACUUCAGGUGGCUAUAACUAUGAACCACAAAAUACAGGAAAUCGAGGCACGCAAAAAGUAACCUCAGUAUCGAACCUAUAUGAUGCUCCAUCAAGAGAAUCCAAUACUGCUGCAGUCGAAACUGUCUCAACCAAUGCGCCGGAAUAUUUACCACCUACAUCUGGUGGAGGUAGUGUAACUACCAAUACUCAAACCGUGGCAGAAGCACCAGUAGUUGCACCUUCUGAUGAAUAUCUCCCGCCGCUUACUUCAUCGAUAACAACAAUGCAGGUGGCAACAACAGCUUCGAUAUCUGGGCCGAGUGCUACUUACUUGCAACCGAGUACCCAACAACAAACAACAUCUAGUGCUGCUGUGUCUGGGCCAAGUACUAGUUAUUUGCAACCAAGCACCCCACAACAAUCAAAAAUAACAACAUCUAAUGCUGCUGUGUCAGGGCCAAGUUCCAGUUAUUUACAACCGAGACCCCAACAACAAACUAGCUCCGUAUCUGGACCAAGGUCUACUUACUUGCAACCGAAUACCCAGCAACAGACAAAAACAACAACCACAUCCAAUGCCCAAGUAUCUCGUCCGAGUACUAGUUAUUUGCAGCCUAGUACCCAACAACAAACGACAAUAAGUAAAACCAAUGCUGCUGUGUCUAGACCGAGUGCGAAUUACUUGCAACCGAGUAUCCAACAACAAACAUCAACUCAGACACAAGUAACAGGGCAAACAGCACAGAUAGUGCCAACGCAGGAUUACUUACCUCCUAUUGAAAAUACUGCAACUCAAAUAUCGGUAUCUAUGCCCGCAGCAACGUAUUUACCACCUGUUUUUUGAAAAAGUACAUUAAUAGGUAAUAGAUACAAAACGGGGAUAUAAUAAGUAUCAACGACAUCUAUUGCUGCGAUUGC